UUUCCGGCUGCGGGCUGUCGAGCCUAGAGUCCCACCUGUGUCCCCACAGCCCUGUCACGAAUCCCGGUCGGGUUCAGGGAGGGACUGCCUCGGCGUUGUGGGCUGGGUGCGGCUCGGCGGUGGAGGACUCUCACUUCCUGCUCCAUCCCCGGCCGGGGCCCGGGGCGGAACUGAUGCCUCUCAAUGAUGUGGCUGGGGACUUCAGGGAAGAGUGGGUUACCUGGACACCGCUUAGAAAAUCCUAUUCAAGGAUACCACCCAGCACAGUUUGAAGAAUGGGCUCUCAAAGGGAUUUCCAGACCAAGUGUAAUCUCCCAGCUGGAACAGAAAGAAGUGCUACCAAUCCAAAAUUUUGAGGCAAGGAAGAUCCUAAGGGAAAGUCAUACAGACUUUGAGAAUCAGGUGACAAAACUCAAUCAGGACGUUUCAGAAACAGCAGAACAAUGUGGAACAUCCUCAGAAAGGGCCAAUAAAGAUAUUUCUCAUACUUCUAGAUGGGGAGGAAACUGGGAGAGGGACCUUGAAUUAGAAGGACAACAUGGAACCCUACCAGGAGAGGGCCAACUGGAGCCGCUUCCACAGGAGAAGGAUUUAAACAAGCUGCUGGAUGGAUAUGUAGGAAAGAAGCCUGUGUGUGCAGAAUGUGGAAAAAGCUUUAACCAGAGCUCCUAUCUCAUAAGACACCUAAGAACCCAUACUGGUGAGAGGCCUUAUAAAUGCAUCGAGUGUGGGAAAGGCUUCAAACAGAGUUCAGACCUUGUCACCCAUCGCAGAACACACACAGGAGAGAAACCCUACCAAUGCAGUGGGUGUGAGAAAAAAUUCAGCGACAGCUCUACGCUCAUCAAACAUCAGAGAACUCACACAGGUGAGAGACCCUAUGGGUGCCCACAGUGUGGAAAGACCUUUGGGCGGAAGCCACACCUCAUAAUGCACCAAAGAACCCACACAGGAGAGAAGCCCUACACAUGUCUCGAAUGCCAUAAAAGCUUUAGUCGAAGCUCAAACUUCAUUACCCAUCAGAGGACCCACACGGGAGUGAAGCCUUACAGGUGUAGUGACUGUGGGGAAAGUUUUAGCCAGAGCUCAGACUUGGUUAAACACCAACGAACCCACACCGGAGAACGGCCCUUUAAGUGCCCAGAGUGUGGGAAGGGCUUUAGAGAUAGUUCUCACUUUGUAGCGCACAUGAGUACUCACUCAGGAGAAAGGCCUUUCAGCUGUCCUUACUGCCACAAAAGUUUCAGUCAGAGCUCACACCUGGUCACGCACCAGAGGACACACACAGGUGAGAGGCCGUUUAAGUGUGACAACUGUGGGAAGGGAUUCGCCGACAGCUCUGCCCUCAUAAAACACCAACGGAUCCACACGGGGGAAAGACCCUACAAAUGUGGCGAGUGUGGGAAGAGCUUCAACCAGAGCUCGCACUUCAUUACUCAUCAACGAAUCCACUUAGGAGACAGGCCCUAUCACUGUCCCGAGUGUGGCAAAACCUUCAAUCAGCGUUCCCAUUUUCUCACACACCAGAGAACACAUACAGGAGAAAAACCUUUCCACUGUAGUAGAUGUGACAAGAGCUUCCGUCAGAAAGCACAUCUCUUAUGCCAUCAAAAUACCCAUUUGAUCUAGGAAAUGGUUUGAAGUGCUUCUUCUGCCCCUUUCCAGAUUUUCAUUUCUGUUGUCUCCAGGUGCUCCAUAUAUAGAAAGCCUGAACAUGGGCAUCAGUGGCUCAAGUUGGGCCUUUUCCUACGCUUUAAUGGUGAGGAUAAACCCAUAGGCCACAAAUAAUGUUUUGAAUACAAAAGGCAUUCCUUCA